GCAAACUUGCGUCGCCUUGUCAUAGGCUUGCGGCUUGAGACAAGCAAAAAUGCUGUAGUGGGUCCUAAAGCGGGGAAGUCCAAGAGCGGCAAUGAGGAGGCCUGCCGGGGCAGGCCUUUAGACCAGGAUAGAAGAAAGCCAAGUGUUUCUCCAACGAGUUGAGGGCAACUUUGGUCGGGUCCGAUUUACUGGCAGUGAAUGAAACAAGCACACAUUUGGUUUCACGACACACAGUCCUUCUUUCCGCCGAAAUAGAUGUUGUUGAAUUAUGGUCAGGCCAGAGUUUAAAACACCCCAAGGCGUGGUAUUAUGAGAGGUAAACGGACGCUCCCGGAACUCGGCUGUGUGUGGUGUAAGCCAAUUUGGAUUUAAAAUGCCACUCGCAGGCAUAUAAAGAAUUCAGCUUACAGACAGUUGUAUUUUGUUUUAUAUUAAUUAUGAUGUCAUUCAAAUCAUAAUUUGUUUGGAGGUAAACUUUGUUUUUCAGUUACUCACUUUGCAGAGGAUACAACUGACAACACUGGACAACUUCAAAUUACUGUUUUGAGCGAGAAUUUGAGCAAACACACACGAGGCGGCCCGUCCCAUAUGAUCGGAAAUAUUGUCUUCGUGCAGUCGAAGCCUAAAUUAGGGCAGUGGUUCUCAGACCAUGAUGUCCCCCUUCACCAGGAGUUGAAAGACACUUGGAAGAAGGUGUAAAACUGCAGGGCCGGAGAGGAACCCAUAGCAGACAGAUCCAGAAACAUUUUUCUCCUAGAAGCUAGGAUUUAGCAUGGGGAUUUAGGAUUUAGCCACGCAAACUGCUGUAUGGCAAGCAGAGAGAAACAGGGAACGCGGGAGUUUUGGUACACUUGAGUUCCUCCUCAUUCCAGCUCCUUCCAGCUUAAUGGAAAAGGAAGGUUUUGAUGACGGAUUUGAGGGAAGAAAGAAAGGGGACACCAAUUACGUGUUUUGGAUAGGAGCGAGAGAGUUCCACGCUUAAGCAAGGAGGGAGGCGCACUGGGGCUGCCACUGUCAGAUGACUGCACCCGAAUGCCGAGAACUCCCAUACUAAACAACUGGUCCUUUACGCGUGUAGGUAAAAGGUAAAGUCGGUCAGUGUCGGCUCCUGGCGACCACAGAGCUUGUAGGUCGUAAUGAGCCUCUAAAGAAGGAGCGCCCCAAGUGGAAGAGUGAUUACCCCAUGACAGAUGGGCAGCUGCGCAGCAAGCGCGAUGAGUUCUGGGACACAGCACCUGCCUUCGAGGGCCGCAAGGAGAUCUGGGAUGCACUCAAAGCGGCUGCUUAUGCUGUGGAGGCCAGUGACCAUGGGCUAGCACAGGCCAUUAUUGAUGGUGCUGGCGUGACCUUGCCUCAUGGCUCGCUCACCGAGUGCUACGAUGAACUGGGUAACCGAUACCAACUCCCUGUCUACUGCCUGGCGCCGCCUGUCAACUUGAUUAUGGAGCGGAGUGAGGAGGAAGGUGUGGAACCGCCUGAGCCAGCACCCAACACCCGGCGUGAGUUCCCACUCAAAGUGCGCCUCUCCACUGGCAAGGACCUGCGCCUGAGCGCGAGCAUGACUGACACAAUUGGGCAACUUAAGAAGCAGCUUUAUGCCCAGGAAGGACUGGAGCCUGCCUGGCAGCGUUGGUUUUUCUCAGGCAAGCUCCUGACAGACAGGACCCGCCUGCAGGAGACCAAGAUCCAGAAGGACUUUGUCAUCCAGGUCAUCAUCAAUCAGCCUCCUGCACCAAGGAACUGAGUUGGAGGCAGUUGGGCCUGGGGCCUGGUCUGUGACCAGGGACUGAGCUGGAGCCCAGGAGGGCAGGAGGCUGUUCUUCUAGCUGGGGCAAGCAGAUAGUGCUCUCUCAGAACCAGGGCUGGAGGAUCCCACCGUGUCCCCUGGGAAACUGCACAUGCUUCCUUGCUGCAGUGCCCAGAGAAGAUGUAUCAAGCCAGGCCACUGCACAGGUUGGCAGUGUCCAAAGUGGUUUCUCCCCAUGGUUUGCCUCUCAUGGUCCUUCGGGCCCAUUUUUUUUUUACCUCCAGGACCCACAAGGAUUGGACCUUCCCCACCUCUCCCCCCCUCCCAACCCCGCAUAUCCAGGCUCCGGGCUCGUCUGGCUCCAAAACACGUGCUUUCCUCCGCUUCCCCUUAGCUGCAGCCUAGGUGGAGCUGCCUGCAGUGGGCUCUCAAGCCUAUAUGAUGGAUUGUGGGUGAAGUCCCCUUCAGGGAGUGAGCACAGAGCUUGCCAUUUGGGCACCAAGAAUGCUACCAUGGGAUGCUAGAGACCAAAGCGUCCCUCACAGGAGGGGCCAUGCUGGGCCUAGGGCCAGAAAAGCCUUGUCAAACAUCUUGCCAUUUCUAGGCCAGUGAAUGAGGCCCCAGUGAUCCUGAGGAUGGGCCUAUUUGCACAAUCGCCUGAGAUGAGUCCGUGAGACAGAUGCUCAUCCUGGAUAUAUGGACAGCCCCUCAUCCAGACAGGGUAUAAUGUGAGGGAAAUGGAGGGUGGUUCCUUUUAUGUAUAGGUAUCAGUAUAAUUUAUCAAUAAAGCCUUUUCCAACUAGU